AAAAAAAAUAAAAUAAAAAAAAACCAUUCCCUCUCCAUCCCCUACAGGGAUGACCAGCCUCUCUGAUUGGCCCUCUGCACCGUCACUCAGAGCCUCCAUCCUCCUCCUCCUCCUCCCAGCAGCAGGUGUGGUUGAGCGGUCUGCUAGGGGACCGUGGACAGCUCCUGUGUGAGCAGCAGAGUAACGCAGGAGGAGGAGAGGGCUGGAUAUGGGGGAGCCACCGCACAGGCCCGAGGUACGAUCGAGAUAAAAAAAAAAAACACACUGGCUUUUUUUUUUUUUUUUUUUUUUAUUAAAUGUGCACCUAUACUGGGGGGACAAUACACAAAGACACCGAGCUGGAGAGGCCUUAUUAUAGGAGGAGGAGGACGGGGAAACAACCGAGGAAGUGAAGGAGGAAUAUACUGACCCAUCCCGGAGAGGAGAAGGAGGAGAGGAGAAAGGAGGAGAAGACAUAAUUCCGCUCGCCCCGAUGGACAGAGAGGACAGAUGAAUGAAGACUGCCUACACUAACGCCUAUAGAUGCCUGGCCAAGGACCUGGACGCCUAUGCCAUGAACACGGACAUGACAAUGGAGGGUUUGGGCAGCCUGCACGGCGGGGUGGCCGUGAGCUCCGUGGUGCCUGACGUGGACCUGAUGAGCAGCCACAGCCCGCACCACCACCACCACCACCACCACCACCGCGGCUCGGCGGCAGCGGCAGCAGCGGCGGCCACUCUGCGGAUACACCAGGACCUGGCCGCUGCUGCCGCCGCGUCAUCCCGCUCCGCCAUGGUGUCCGGCAUGGCUAGCAUCCUGGACGGCGGUGGUGUCAGCAGCAGCGGUGGUGUCAGCAGCAGCGGCGGCGGCGGUGGGGAGUACCGUCCGGAGCUGUCGCUGCCGCUGCACCACGCCAUGAGCGUGCCGUGCGACGCGUCCUCCUCCUCUCCAGGCAUGGGUAUGAGCGGCACCUACACCACCUUAACGCCGCUGCAGCCGCUGCCGCCCAUCUCCACCGUGUCGGACAAGUUCCACCACCACCACCACCACCACCUCCACCAGCACCAGCAGCGGCUCUCCGCCGGGAACGUGAGCGGGAGCUUCACUCUGAUGCGCGAGGAGCGAGGCGUGCUGCCGGGCAUGAACAACCUGUACGGUCCGUACCACAAGGACCACAUGUCCGGGAUGGGUCAGAGCUUGUCCCCGGUGCUGGGGAACAGCCUGGGGUCCAUACACAACACCCAGCAGGGGCUCCACAGCUACGGCGCCGCGACGCACGGAGGAGGCCACGACAAGAUGCUGAACUUCGACGCCGCCUCCAUGCUGGCCAGAGCCGGGGAUCCACACCAUCACCACCACCAGCACCGAGGCCUCGUUGGUGGUCCUGCAGCCGGGAUGAUGCCGCACUUGAACGGCAUGCACCACCAUCCUGUUACCGUGUCCCACCCCCAGCAUCCUCACCCUCAACACCCCCACCUCCAGUCUCCAUCCCACGGGCCCGUGUUGGCUUCCACGCGGGAGAGAACGCCCUCCUCCUCGGGUUCGCAUCAGGGGGUGACCGGCAGCAACUCUGGUCAGCUGGAGGAGAUCAACACCAAGGAGGUGGCGCAGAGGAUCACGGCGGAGCUGAAGAGGUACAGCAUCCCCCAGGCCAUCUUCGCCCAGAGGGUGCUGUGCCGCUCCCAGGGGACCCUGUCGGACCUCCUGAGGAACCCCAAACCCUGGAGUAAACUAAAGUCAGGCCGGGAGACCUUCAGGAGGAUGUGGAAGUGGCUGCAGGAGCCAGAGUUUCAGAGGAUGUCGGCCCUCAGACUGGCAGGUGGAAGUACCUCCAGUUACUCACAGCUACCAGAGCUUCAUGAUGAUCAACACAAGUCCAGUCAGGAAAUGCCAGCGUGCAAACGGAAGGAGCAGGACGGGGGGAAGGACCGCAACAACACGCCAAAGAAGUCACGGUUGGUCUUCACUGACCUGCAGCGGCGCACCCUGCUGGCGAUCUUCAAGGAGAACAAGCGACCGUCCAAGGAGAUGCAGCUCACCAUCUCGCAACAGCUGGGCCUCGAACUCACCACCGUCAGCAACUUCUUCAUGAACGCCCGCCGCCGGAGCCUGGACAAAUGGACAGACGACGGAGGUAGCCCGGGCGCCCAAUCUUCAGCGUCCAGCACUUGUACCAAAGCGUGAUAAUAGAUGGCGAGGAGGGGGAGGGGAAGGGAGGGAAGUGACAGGGAGGUGUCUCGGGUGGGGUGGGUCGAUGGAGGUACGGGGAGGGAUGGAGGGGUCGCGGGGGUCGCGGGUCGAGGUUUCGUCCGGUCGAAGCAAGGAGGAAAACCAAACUUUUUACAUUUUUUUGUUUGUUUGUCUGUUUUGCUUUUGUCGAGGGUGACAAACUGAGAGAGGGGCUGCUCACUGCGACGAAUUGUUUGUAGCCUAACCGCCUUUUGCAAAUCCAUUGUGAAUCCAAAAAGAAGCUGAAGGGUAAACUCACCUAUAAAACAUAGAAACCUCACUGGGGAAAAAAACUUCUAAAUCAUAGACUUUCACUGCUGAUGUCUCCUUUAGCUGACACACUAGCCCAAAUACCAAAGACUAGAAGACAAUGUAUGUUUUCUAUUAUGCAAUAUAAGCUAGGAACCAACCAAACAAACAAGAAACCAAAGGAAGCUUUAUGAAAAAUUCUCUGGAAAUAUUGUGGUAUUUUGACCUUCAAAUGUCCCAAAGAUAGCAAUGACACAUCUGACUGGGGCAGAGUUGAAGACUUAAAUAUUCAGAAGUCGGGUUUCGGAGAUUGCGCAGUCAAAUUUAGACAGCUGUCAUAGCUGAAUUGUGAUUUAAAACAAAAGGAGGUCAGUUUGUGCAGUUGAGGGUGAAGUUGGACUGGAAAUUAAAUCUAUUUUUUUAACCAAACCAAAGAAGGGGCAUUUCUCGGUCAUAAGAAACCAUACGAUGUUUGACUAACUAAUCUUCGCACGAGGCCCACUUACUAGCUUGGACAGAGUGUGCUUAGUAUGCUCAAAAAAAGCAAGUGGAUGUUUAAAUUAUUUUGUCAAACAUACAAUGAUUUAUUUAUCCAAAUCAGUAGGUUGAGGCUUUAACUGGUCAGCUUAUAUAUCUGUUAAUUAAUGGAGAAAAAACAGUCCAACACAUGUGUUAAUGUAGCUGUGCAGUCUCCGAUUUGAACCGUCAGGCUCACACACACUAACAGAAAAACCAAAGUCCGCUUUCCCCCUGAGAUCAGAAUUGAAGAGUUGGCUUCCAAAAUGUUCAAUAUCCAUAUUUAAAAGGAAAUAUGUACCUGAAGUUGAUCUCUGGAAUAUAUAUGAUCCAGGUUGUAGAUGGAUUAUUAUUUUCUUAAAUAAUGACAACCAAACUAACUUAUUAUUUUUUAACAAAAUGAUGAGAUUUCUGUCAUUUUUUUUGGAAAAAACUCUUCAAUUUUACCAAAAAAGAGAGCAACAUGUAUUGAUUUGACUCUUUAAAGGGGGCAGUGAAGAUUCUUAAAGUUAGGAAAUGGCCAAAUAUGCAAGCACAAACACACAGAUACACAAACAUUCACCGACAUACAAGCUUUCCCUCUCAGCAUACUUAGCGUUCUGUGGAGUAUUAGUGUAUUAUAUAUGAAUAUAUACAACGUAUGUGAGCACAAUCUUGAAGCACAUUUUCUUUGCAAUAGAACCGGGGCUCUCUGCCAAGCCGAGUGGUCUUCACAUCUUAGAAAACUCAGGAUACCAUUUUUUCUAAACAGUGGCUGAAAUCCAUUCGGCAUCUGUCGUUACGCACUGUAAUGUACGGACGUACAAACACACACGUAGACACACUCUGUUGCAGACAAGCAAAUACACCUGCUUUACAGAAACACACACACAACUUUAAAGAGUCAUUUCCCGAACGUUCCCCAGAAUUCACGCCCUGACCGAAACAUUGUCAGCUAAACCAAAGCAAACCAAAGUUUACCCUGGCUUCACCCACCCAUCAUUUGUGUUACCAUGGUAACUCAUCCAUCAGGGCAGCGGUUUCCAGCCUAGCAUCUUCAUCAAUUAGAACAAAGACGCUAUUGAAAAACGCAAAAAAAAAUCUAGUGUUUUUUGAUGAUGACAGCUGUAACUGAACUUUUUUACAAUUUGAGCCAAAUCUGUGGUCGAAAAGGUGGAGAACUAAAUGUAGAUUUGAAGGCAUAUUUUAAUGCACAAACAACAUGCAUCUUCUCUACAGCUACAGCUCUCUUUCAGAGACCAAAUAAUUCAGCCUGGAUUUACACAAACACAAAAGGCUUUAUCUGUGAGUUCUCCCUUUGGGUGUAACAUAAAAUGGGGAAAGUCCCUGCUCAAAUAUAUAUGAAAUUUGUUUGGACACAGAACAACCAGAAAGUCAACAAUCCCUACAAAAGCACCAAGAGCUCCUGGGCUUUCAAUAAAUCAGCAGAAGCUACAAAACACGGUCGGUUUCUUGAGCCAUUUCUGCCAAAGUAUUGUGAAAUGAGCACGGACAGCACAAGAGGUAGUUUGACACUUCAGGCAUAGGUAUGCUUCAGACAUGUCGUCCGACUACUUCUAAAGACAAAACUGUUCCAAAUGAUUCAAGCGUACGGCCCUUAUUACAGAAGGGCUGUCUAGUUUGUAGGUAAUAUGAUCAAAACUUAAACUCUUACCUUACUCAACACGUAAUCUACCAAGAUUUGCACAAUCUUCCAGUGCCCAUGUCCAGAGUCCGUGCAUAUUUUACGACUUUUUGACCGUGUUGGUCUGUCAUUGAUAAAGAGGUUCUUGGUUGAAACUUGCUCAGAGCCUAACGAUUUGUCCCUUUGGUGUAAAUCCAGCUGUAGAACUAGGAUGCUUUCUGGAAGCCUCAAGCUGCCCAAAAAAACAAACCACAAACUCUCACCGCAUCGAGUGACAGACACAACAGCAGAACCAGUGAACCGUCUGAACCUGCGGAGGACGAACUGUCCAGGCGAAUCAGGGCCUUUGUAAUAGUUAAAGAGGACAAUCUAAAGACGAUGCCUGGCAGGUCCGUCUCUUCCAGAGGGUCAGCGGGCUGGAAACUAGGAAGACAGGUAUUAAUGCUGCAAAUGCAAAUAAAGUUAAUUCAUCAAGAUGAGAAAGUGGAACUUUUUCCACUUGUAAAUUAACUUGUUUCCUUGUUGAUGGUGGUGAAAUUUACCACUCAACAGGUGUUUUUGAGAAAAAAAGUUUGAGGACAAAACUUGAUAUAAAAUUCAAGAUGGAAGUUGUUUGCAGCAUAGUAGAGUUGAAUGCUUGGUAAAAAAAAAGACGGAUGGACUGAGACACAGAGAUAAAAUUUCCCUGACUGUCUUAGUGUCCAUACAAAUUUCGCCAAGCAUCCAUCACUACCAAAUCCCACAACACCCAUUGAUAUACUUUGAUACCGUCACACUGUACAGCCUUUACACAUGAUGUAAAUACUAACGCACCCAAAGAACCUCAACCGCCACCACCUCCUGCUCCAUUUUAACAGCCUUACCAUCUGCAAUCACCUCAUCAAUCAUCUCUCACUCAAGCUAUCGAACCAAAAAUAGAAACAAAACCAAAGGAAAGGCGUCAGUCAGCAGCCCCUGCUCCUUAGAAACACCAGGCUGAGUCCCAGUCUGGUUAGAGGCAAGCCAAAGGCUUUAAGAACGAUUUAAAAUAAAAAAUGGACACUUGAGACUUUUUCUAUUUAUUGACAAAUCGAAACCAAAGAAAACCUUUUUCUGCACCUAACUGUUCCAACAAACGGAAAAAAACUAACUGAAGAUGGAAGAGAAUUAUUACCAAAAAAAGAAAAAAAAAAUAACAAAAAAAAGAGUGGUGUCGACAAUGCCGAAAAUGGAGGAUGUCGACAACGACGAGAAGGAGGAUAGAAGAAAGGAUGACAUCACGGGAUCGGAGAAGUAGCUUUGUUCUGCCUGAUGUUGCGUCAGGCCAUCUUUAAGGGGAAGCAAGUUGGGGACUGAAAAGGGUAAAUCCACACGGGAAGGAGGGAGGGAACCAACGGAUGACGCCGUCGACCAUUUUCUUCCCUCCGACCCCCAAAAAAGGCAGAACAUUAAUGUGUCUCUCACGGUUGAAGAGUGUCUUUAACGUGUGCCUAUGCAGUUUUUCAAAGUAAAAAAUGGUUAAAAGAACAACAGAAACCUCAUCAGCUAACAAACCAAAGAUUCACUGUUAACUCCAGUCGCAGUCCUCCUCCCCCCGAAAAGGAAAAUCUGGUCUUUUAACCCACUAAUUAUUAUUCUACUACAUCGGUUGCACACAAACAUUUCUGGGUUAGCAUGUAGGCUAAUCAAGCUUGUUUAUUUUUUUAACUUUCAAGCCUGUAGCAUUUCCUUCGUUCUUCUACCCUUAUUAAAGUUGACAAAGUUAGCCAGGAUGCUCAAUCACAGUUUCUUCUACUAUUAUGCUAGCGAAUAGCUAGCUUAAUUUCUCCACAGCCGACAUUCAUAUAGGUCUGUACAGUAUUGUAUCUGUCAAAGCUAAAAUGAAUACAUCUGGUAUAUUGAUUGGUGAUUCCUCCAGCAUGGCGUCAACACAUGCAGCCAUCAUAGUAAUAAAUCCUUCACACCCAUGACCAUGACCACGCAAACGUUCGAAGGUUUUCUCAGAUGGCUGCUGUUGCUGUUUGUGUGUUUUGUUUUUUUCCACCACAAGUCAUUACCUGCUCCACAGGACAAAGUCUACCUCCAACAAUCUCCAGCAGUAGAAAGAAAAGCUGCCAGACAACAGUACAGAGACGGUUUAUUUUCCCCUGCUUCACGUCCAUACAGUUUGACACAAGCAGCUCGGUGCGUCAGCAUCGAGAAAAAAACAUCAACGAGUUGUUGACUGUUAAUCAAAUGCUUCCAUCUUCCAUUUUUGCUUCCACCCAAUCUGGGGAUUCAAAUAGGCCACUUUUUAAGAUGACUGUUGUCUGGCACACUUCUACUGCGGAGAGAGUGACAAUGUAAUGCUAUGUGAAACGUACAGUACAUACCAAAGAUUUUCUGCUGUACAAACAGUAGCACACUUGACACCUUUUCUUUUCUCCAUUUAAAGAGUCCAGAACAGAUCCUGGAUCUGUGAUCUAGAUCCAUCAAUGUCUUUUACAUUAAGUCACUCACAGUGUUGUUGAACUCACCGAGUUUUUGACUUUUCAACCCAAACCUAGUAGAAACCAGCUGAAGUAGACGGACUCAAGCAGGAUUUGGACCGUUUAUGACCAAUCAUUUAAUCUACAAAUAAAGGUACAAAGUGAAAAGAGAAACUAACUGAAGAACAAAAUGUUAUCUAUUCUGAACACUGAGUUUCAACGAGGCAUCAAAUUAAAAACAGGCCUCCUCGAUUUUUUUGCAUUGAUAGUAAUAUGAAUUUGAAACAGAUAAACAACCCACUGAACACCAGACCACAAUGAAUGGACUGAGGACCAGAGGAUGAAAGUUGAGAUUUGGCUAACGAAAAAAAAAAAGUACUGCUGGCUUGGGUGGAAAAGUUUUGAAAGGUGGAGAGCAAAUUUUUUAAAUGUCAUUACACCACAUUUAGUUAUAGCCCACACUGCCAUGCUGGAGGAGCCUCACAGAGAAAGUGAUGUUUGGACACGCUAACUGUCCAUAGCUACCAUAGCUUGUUCUUUAGGGGGGAGGAACUAUGCCGCUGCUUCAUAUACAACAACAAUAAAUGAAACAAAACCAAAAAAACAAGUACGCCCGCUGAGAGAAACUGCUAAAAUAUCGGUCAAAUAGCUUUAUCCUUAGUUUUCUCUCUCUUUCUGUAUGUAAAGCUUCUAGUCCAAAGAAAUCCUCCGCCCACCUGAUCCACGCCAUCCUACUGACCACGCCCGACGGAGGGGCGUGGCUUGUGGCUCAGGGGGGUGGCGGCCAUUUUCCAUUCCCACUUGCAGUUCUGUCUGGAUGUAACACAGGCUAAACCUGCCAAACCAAAAAAAAAUGGGUAUGAAACCAAAAACUGUCCCAAAGAGGUUUUCAUUGCUUGUUUAUUUUCAAGUACUUACAAAUUAUUUGCCAAUACUUAUGUGUCUACUAUUACUAUGUUCAUUUCCUAGGUUUUUUGCAAUAUGUGAUUUUUUUUUUUUUAUUUAAUGUAAUUUAUGUUUUCUUUUUAAUUGUGAAUUAAUUUAAGCGAACAAAUUUUGUUGCCAAAUCUCCCUCUGAUCCCUUUUACCCUUGAUGAUUAGCUUUGCCAAAGUUUACAUUGUAUGUUCCCUUUUCUUUCUGUUCAAUGCUGUAUUUAUUUAUGAGGUGUUUUAGAACACACUAGUUUUGUACUUAAUAAUUUAAUGUUAUUUAAUUAGAUGUAAUUGUUUUUUGAUGAAUAUUUAUGAGUAUUUAAGAAUGUUAGUUGCAUCAAAGAUGCAGUGCUUAAGCCAGGCCUGUUAAUUUAUUCUUAGUUAGCUUUACUUUAAAAAGCAAAUGAAAUGUUGUUUUAUGAAUGUUUAGACAUAAUGACAGAACAAUGUAGGAAUGUCAGAUUAGCGUACUUCUGAAUGUCAACACUUGCUCUCACUUUUUAGCCGAUCUAGUUUUUUUUUUUGUCCUGGUCAUGAUUUUGCUUUUUUUUCGAAAAUGAAAACAAUCUCUUUAUGACAAAUAAUAGCCUACCGAAUGAUGAGCACUGCAUCUGUUUUUUCUUUUCCUUCCUUGGGAUUUUUAUGGCUAAUUUAUUGGUUGUUUUGUUUUUAAUUUGUUUGCAUCCUGCUGACCAUUGUUGACACAAGCAAUGAAUUUCAGACUGAUGUUCUAGUGACACUUGAUCAGGUGUAAGUAAGGGCCACACGUUGACAUAAACUGACUCACCAAAGAUAACUGGAAUCCUUGAGAGGCCAAUAAACAGUGUGUGUUUACAUCCGCGCAGCUCAUAGCCUGGUUAAGGUCUUAUUCGUACAUUGACUUUAUAAAAAUUACAUACGCAUGUUCAAAAUCACCAUUUUAUGCUCUAAAAAGAAAGAUCACUACUUGUAAAUUAAGCUCUUUGUGGACAUUUUCUUGCACAUUAACUCCUAGACUAGAUUAUUUGUUGUAUUUUAGAAUCAAACAGAUUUUAGCUAAAUGUCAUGUUUCAAACACCUGCAUAACUAAAUUAAACAAUAUCAAAAAUGCUCUUAUAUAGUCUAUGGAAGGCUAAAUGGUUAAAGGUCAUUUUAAUUAUUUCAUGAUGAAGAAAAAAAAUAGAAACUGUGUGAUCAACUGUUGUGAUCACAACCCUUAAGGAGCCCCUAAGUCGACAUGAGCAGAAACUAUUCUGGUGCGCACCAGAAACUUUAAAGAGUAACUUAACACUAAAUCUAUUCUUUUUUUAGGGUAACACUUUUUCAUGGUAAUUAGGUGAUAAUUAGUAAGUAACCUAUUUGAAAUUUCUUUGGAAUUACCACCAAAUUACCCCAAUAUUUACCUCAAAAUGUAUCGAAAAUGAUAUGCUAAAAUAUGCCUGUAAAAUGAAGUGUUACCUUUUUUAGUUAUUAAAUUACAUGUACAGUCACUUUAUUACACUAUCUAUUGAUCCAGGUCUCAUUUUAUAGCAUUUACAUUACAACAGAAGUUAUUUUUCCUUUUUCCUGAGCAUUUGUGAAGCUAAAACGGGGUGUUAAAUUUAACUUUCUGGUGUGCAAUCAAAAAAUAAUAAUUUCGUCUGCACCAAAUUUGCACCAGGUUCUGGUGCACACUUUGGGGCUCCGUACAACUCAACAAGCUAUCAACAACAUUUUGAUGAUCACAGAAUAAUGAUGUUGUAAUCAAGACAAAAAUGCUUUUAUUAUCUCAACAUAAGCUUCCCAAGUGAAUAGUAAUAGUAAGAAUAUCCUCUCCAACGUUCCGUAAAAACACUGAACUUUAGAGGAAUGACAUUAUGUAUGACAUGGCAUUUGGUGCAAUUCGUAUCCCAGAGUAAACCUGCUCAUUUCCAACUUCUUCUAUGAUUCUCUGUGUCGGUAUAAGAGCUUAUCCAGGUUAUUGCAAACAGAAUGUGAUGUUAACACACACCACCUCUACAGGAAGAUACCUGCUGGGUUUCCCCAUUUGUUCCCCGAAUGUCGGUGUGCGUGACUGCGUGAAUGCAAACACACCGACUUGUUUCGCUCGUUAGGAAGGAAAACUGAGGAGUCCCUUAAAGCUAGCUGCUUCCAAGACUGACUUUGUGUGCGUGUAAAAAGAAAAAAAAACUUUCUAUUUCAAUAGUGAGAACCAGAGAGGCUACCUCACUGACUUUCCAUUUGUCCUUUUAAUCGUGUUGAUGAAACCAAAGAAACCAAAGAUUUUUGUCCUCUUCAGUGCGGUCUGCGCUCAGCUCCAUGCGUUUGUGCUCUCUGUUUAAUGAUGAUGCCUCAUUUUGUCCUCUUUUCUACUUACUCCUUUUUCUCUCCCUUCCUCUGUCUCUCUUUUCUCUCAUUCGCUCUUGGCCUUGCAUUGUCUCUUCUCCUCAAAAAAGAAUGAGUGUGAAGGGUAUAAAAAGGCAGCGGCCGGCGUCAGGCUGGAUGCUGAAUAUCAGGGAGUGCAAGCAGAAAUACUCUAAUCUAUUUGUCUCGGUGAUGGGCCUCAGAGCAGAGCGAGUUUUAAUUUCAAAUUCAGCAAUAUGACAAACAAAAAUUCCAGAAAUAUGAUAAACUGUACAAUGUGAAUGUGGCAGGUAGAUAAUGGUAACUAAUGAUGAUCAAAUAUGGGCCCAGUGGGCUCUGCUUUGUCCAUUGUUUUCCUGCGUCCUCCACAGCGGGUGAAGAAAAUUUGAGGCCACAUUAUGCUUCAAACAAACUAGGUAGCACAACCAAGACAAAAGUGUUCACACCAUCAUACCACCCAAUUCUGCCAUCUGAGAAGGGGUUUCAGAUUGAAGCAUAAUGAGUUCCUGGGACUUUUAUAUGCAAAAAUGAAAACAAACAAAAUGCUGUUUUGCACUGAAACAAAAAAAGCUGCAGAUUUGUUAUUGUCCUGACACCAGAAAAAACAAGUAGACCUUUAAAAACCAUGACGGUCUUGGAUGAGAAGAUGAAUCUCUUGGUGUUCUGUUCAGACACCCACAUCCUUAAUCAACAGCAAGCUUUAUCUGAGCUAUUUUUAUUUCCAACAACAUUCUCCCCUUUUUCUAUUUCCCCUUGAUGGCUGAUUGUUACCAACUUUGUGCUGCGUAGCAACCACAGCGAUCCAGAUCUUACCCUUUGAGCAAAAGGCUGAACUUUUCUGUUUGAGCAGUAGGAAGCCUAAUAAACUACUUGUGGGCCGUAUAAUUGCCUGUAACCGACUCUAAAGCUUGUGCUGGUCAUGUACUGAGGUACACUGGUGCUCUUAGCUAGGCUAAAAGCUAACAUCAGCAUGCUAACAUGGUCACAAUGCCAAUACUAAAAUGCUGAUGUUUAGCAGGCAAUGGUUACCAUCUUCAUUUAGCAUGCUAAUAUUAGCUGAUUAGCACUAAACACUCAUUCGUCUUUCGGUAUUGUACAAAUAGAAAGUUUGACCUGAUGAUGUCACUACAUUAAAGGUCACAGGUUCACCAAAAUUAUUACAAUUUAUCCCGAUAGAACCGUGAAUAUGUUUACCAAAUUUCAUGGCAAUCAAUUUGAUAUUUCUUUAGAUAUUUUAGUCUGGACCAAAGUGGUGGACCGAUUAACCAAUUGGUGAGCUUGGCUAAAAAUCCAAAUCUUACAUACUGUAUGUCAGCGUAAAGGAUAACCAGCACAGUAGAGAUCAGGAGACACACAAACAGUAUUUAACAGGAUGUCAUUGAAAAGACCACAACAAUCCUCAACUGUUGUUUCAGUGCAAAAUAUCACCCCAAAAUGCAAAAACCUCAAGAAAUGAAAUCUGAGUGGUUGGUGAAUUUCUUGGCUCUGCUUUGUGGACCCCAGGCUACCUCCACGAGACCAAAAGAGAUAGACGAUGAUACUAAAAAAUACUCCAUGGAUCUUAUACUGAUCACACUCUCCUGGUUGGAAAAGAAACACAUACUGAAAUCACAACCCAGUCUCCAACAAAAUGAUGUUCUCAUACAAUUAAACGGCAUAACCAAAAUACGUUUUGAGGGUAUUUUCUCCGAGAUUACGGUCGCAGUUAUAAACAGUUUUAAACAGUUUUAAACACGUCAUUAACAUUGUAAAUAAAAAACAAAACAAAAACGCAACAGAAGUACUUAGUUAGGUUCAGGCAACAAAACUACUUGGUUAGGUUUAGUAAAAAAACACAUCAUGGUUUGGCUUAAAAUGACUUAAAAACAAAACGCAAGAAAUGACUACUAAUGUUUCGCACGGGACCGGUAUUGUUGGACCCAUCCGCCUCCCGUCCCGCCCACCAGUAGUGGACUUUCUCACUUGUUAUUCAAUAAUUAUUCAACGUAUUUUCAUUCACGGACGCUUGAUAUACUACGUCACCUGCUCUGCGCAUCGGUAGUUGUACUACAUCACUCGCUGCGACCUUACAAAGGUAUUUGUAAUACUUAAAAGACAAAUCCCCCAAAAAAUACGUUUCCUUCCAAACGUAAUUGAGAAUGCAAUUUAGUUGUAUGGGAACGUAAUUUUGAGAAGACGGGUCUGGAAAUCAUGCAGGAGAGUGAAGGCUGAGGAGUCACAUCUCUUAGAAGACAUGUAGUUGUAAUCAUUUGACUCAAUUCAUGAAACAGCAUUAUUUUUCCAUGAAAGCAGCAAUAUGAGAGUAGGAUUAGGCGCCUGGGAUCUAUACAUCUAGCUGUGCCAUUUUGCUUCCCUUCUUACAAGCAUUUGGCUUAAAAAUCAACCAGGGAAGCCAAAUGGCGGAGGAACAAAUUCUUGUUCCGGUUAGAGUCGAGGGUUGAGCCAGUUUUUCAGACUCCUUCUGUCGCACUUUGCUUUUCCAAACCAGGCCGCUUC